GCGUGUCUCGCCGUCAGUCUGCCGUAACGUGGCGGCACUGCGCUCGUGUGUGUGCUACAGGAGUGGCUUUGAACUGUCAUUGUUCAUGUAGUUUCUGUGAUAAGAAUUUUAUUGUGAAAUUAUAGUUUAGAGAAUUAAUUAUACCUUCACGAUGUCGGCGUCAGGCGAAUUUGGUAAUCCAUUACGAAAAUUCAAGCUAGUAUUCCUCGGUGAACAGAGUGUGGGCAAGACGUCGCUCAUCACUAGGUUCAUGUAUGACAGCUUUGACAACACUUACCAGGCAACAAUCGGUAUAGAUUUCCUGUCAAAGACGAUGUACCUGGAAGACCGCACCGUAAGGCUUCAGCUAUGGGAUACAGCCGGCCAGGAGCGCUUCCGCUCCCUCAUACCUUCCUACAUCAGGGACUCCACUGUCGCUGUUGUGGUCUAUGAUAUAACCAAUGCAAACUCAUUCCACCAAACCUCGAAGUGGAUCGAUGACGUCCGCACGGAGCGCGGCUCCGACGUCAUCAUCAUGCUGGUGGGAAACAAGACUGAUUUGUCCGACAAGAGGCAGGUGUCCACCGAGGACGGAGACAGGAAGGCGAAGGAGCUGAACGUGAUGUUCAUAGAGACCAGCGCUAAGGCCGGGUACAAUGUCAAACAGCUGUUCCGACGAGUGGCGGCCGCGCUGCCCGGCAUGGACUCGGCGGAGAGCAAGCCCCCCGAAGACAUGCACGAGGUGAUCCUGAGACAGGCGCCCGGCGACAACAAGGAGCCCGACGGGGGCUGCGCCUGCUAACUGUAGGAACAGAUACCGGGAACAGAUAUCAGAUACUAGGAUACCAGAUACCAGCGUCUCACGCAUUGUCGUCCAUCACUAGAGCCGUUCCACGUGGGUUCGAAGUUUGAAAUGGGUGUUGUGAUUGGUUGCAUUUAGUUUGAGUUUCGAAUCGGUUUUGAUUCUUUGUGUUUUGUGAGUGGAUGCGUUAAGUAGGUUACAUUGUCAAUUAUUGGGCUUGAUUUCAAUUGCCAAGGUUAACAGAUUUUUGUAUUUUAUUGCGCAAAAAAUAACUCACGUCUUGUUAUAUCCAGCUCUGAUUUGUUCUUAACACAAUUAUCUUAUAGUUCAUUUUGCAAUACCAUCUAUUUAUUUUCUUGGCAAUGUAAAUCUAGCCUAGAGAAGAGAGUGUUAUCGCGCCAAGGACGACAAAAUGCGGUGCCGAUCUGAUGAAUUUGUGCUAUGUGCUUUUAUGUUCCAGUGAUAUUAGGAUCUAAUGUAGUUUCCAAUAUAGAAUGUCCUCACGAAUCUAUUUUAUGAUUUUUAUAAACUUGCGUCUUAAAUGCAACGAUGAUAACGCGCCCUUAUCUUCGCUCCCGGCCUGUUACUUUUAACUUAUCAACCGAUCACAUAUUGAAAAGAAUUAAAUAAAGCCGGAAACAAAAAUAAACCACAUCGCGAUUAAUACAUAGAGCAAGUGAUUAAGAACUUCUUGACUUUUUAGUAAUCACGGUUGACAGAUAAACUUGACCGCCCUUUGACAGUGGUCAUGUUUCUCAACAAGUGACUGUACACUGAAUUAUUAUGUAUGUAACGCCUUACAAGGAAUAUAUCGAAGUAUUUAAAACUCAGAUACUAUGAUUAAUUUUAAAUUAAAAUCGCGUCAAUUAUUUGAAAGCAAUUUGUUCACAUCAGCACGUUAUUGUCCGCUCAGCCGCCACUAGCAGCUUAUUUUGUAUAAUGUUAGGUGUAAAGGGUUCGUACGUCUAAGACUGACUCGUACUUUGCCAUCUUUUGAUUACUUGCUUAUGGGAGCUCUCUAGGCGUUCAAUUGGUAGAACAGAGAGUGUGAUUUACCUUAAAAAAUAUGGCGUAAUGUCAAUCAUACUUUUAAGUUGGUUAUGCUACUUACAGUACACACCGUACCAACAAAGGCCACAAACGAAUGGCUUAGCUGAUUUUUUUAAAUUACGGAUUAAAAUAAAGUAAUUGAGUUUGCGAACUAUGUACCACUAUGAGAAUCGAUAACAAACUAUACCAUCGUCUUGGUGCUCCCUAAAGCCCUAAAUACUAGUGUCCAUUUUUCUUAGAUCUUAGAUUUUCUGAAUGAAAUGAUUCGGUGUGAGGCUAUAUUGUGAACGAAAUUUAUUUUUCAGUUUAAAUUUGCUCGGAUGCUCAUGAGUUUGCAACGUUUUUGAACCCAUCUUCGGAUAUGCAAUAUAUGUGUGUAUGUACGUACAUACAGAAAAAUAUACUAAAUCUGUUAUAUAUUAUGUGUAGAAAUAUGAAGGCGCAGUGCACAUACCACAGUGUAUAGGUAGAUGGAUAAAGCGAUAAAAAUCCUGGCAAUACAAUACUGCCGUAUAAAAAACUACAAUAAAAAAAAACUAAUUUCGAUUCUAAAAUCAGUUUUACUUGUUCUACAUGCCAGUUUCAAUUUUUUUUUAAGAACAUGUGUUUGCUCGCUUUAUACGCUGUGGUAUUUCAGUGAUAGUUGGAGCUGUUUGUAUAUAGCGCGGGCCGCGAUUGUGCUUUUUCCUCCAGUAAUCGCUUUAGAAUUUAUCUGUUACAUUUUGAAAACAGAUGAUGUAAAAAUAUAUUUAACAUUACUGAAGUUGGUAUUUUAUAGAUUUGAAUUUUUCGUUUAAUUUUAAAACCUUAUUUUUAAAUUAAUAUCUUGGACUAGCAAUUUUCAUUAUGGACUAAAACAUUAUUGGCAGUAUUUAAUCCCUCGCGGCCCUUUUGUAUUUAGUAGGUAUUACUUAUUUAUUUAGGGCUUAAGUGAACUGUAUUGAUAAUAAUAAUAUGGUCAUUAGUGAGAUUUUCACAGCUAGCUUACAAUUUUAUAACGUUUGACAUUGAAUUUGUACCAUUCCGAUAGCUUUUCUUAAAAAGAUCACCUAAACAUGGGAUAAUACCUGGAAAUCAUAUUAGAUAAAUUAAUACGAUAAAUUAAUGCUAAUUUAAAAAUAAAUUAUUUUUUAUAAAUGAGAUUUUUAUGUAUAUUUUACCUUUAAGUUUUUUUUAGUGGUUUAUGUUAUCGAUUUUAUGCAUUUUUCUUUUGAUGUCAAUCAUUACACACUAGAAAAAUAUAUACCACAUUUGCAGUUUUCCAAUAACAGACAUGCAUUAGACCUGUCAAUGAUUUUUUAUUAUGCUCAAUUAAGUAUAUCACUUCACUGACAUACUUACGAUACAAAGGUGUUAUACUUUUCUCUUAAGCUCACUGUACUUUCAAUUAUUUUUUAUAUCUGACAGGAGUUGCUAUAAGUAACAGUUCUUACUUUAAGUUUUUGCGUCCUAUAAAAGUUUUUGCGAUUUAAACUUUAAUCACUACAUUAAUAUAAAUUAGAUGUGUGUUUGUCAAUGUCUUGUUCUGUUAGGCAGCAACUGUGGUACACAGCUAUCUUACUGCGAAACUUAUUAUUUGUACAUACCGUCCUUCACGCUGAUAUGUUUUGAAUAAAAUUUAUAAAACACUAA